GGCGGAGAGACCACCCAUACGCCUCCCCGGCCCCGCCCUUCGCCCCCUGACGCCCUGGAGGAGGCGGGGCACGCAGGCGCCGUGCCCUGCCAUUGGCCCGCGCCGGCGAGGGAGACGCGGUCUGACUCGUCCGCGGCCCUGCUCUACUGUCAUUCGGCGGCGGCUAGAGGACACGGGCAAGAUGGCGGUGGUGGCUGGGUUGGCGCGGAGACCCCUCGAGCAGGUCUCCGGGCUGCUGCGGAGGCGCUUCCACCGGACCGCGCCGGCUGCACUGCAGGUGACAGUUCGUGAGGCUAUAAAUCAAGGUAUGGAUGAGGAGCUGGAAAGAGAUGAGAAGGUUUUUCUACUUGGGGAAGAAGUUGCCCAGUACGACGGCGCAUAUAAGGUUAGUCGAGGCCUGUGGAAGAAAUAUGGAGACAAGAGGAUCAUAGACACUCCCAUAUCUGAGAUGGGUUUUGCUGGAAUUGCUGUAGGUGCAGCUAUGGCUGGGUUGCGGCCCAUUUGUGAAUUUAUGACCUUCAAUUUCUCUAUGCAAGCCAUCGACCAGGUGAUAAACUCAGCUGCCAAGACCUACUACAUGUCAGGGGGCCUUCAGCCUGUGCCAAUAGUCUUCAGGGGACCCAAUGGCGCCUCAGCAGGCGUAGCUGCCCAGCACUCGCAGUGCUUUGCUGCCUGGUAUGGGCACUGCCCAGGCUUAAAGGUGGUCAGCCCCUGGAGUUCAGAGGAUGCAAAAGGACUUAUUAAGUCAGCCAUUCGGGAUAACAAUCCAGUGGUGGUGCUGGAGAAUGAAUUGAUGUAUGGAGUUCCUUUUGAACUUCCCCCAGAAGCUCAGUCAAAAGAUUUUCUGAUUCCUAUUGGAAAAGCCAAAAUAGAAAGGCAAGGGACACACGUAACCAUAGUUUCCCAUUCAAGACCUGUGGGCCACUGCUUAGAAGCUGCAACGGUGCUAUCCAAAGAGGGAAUUGAAUGUGAGGUGAUAAACAUGCGAACCAUCAGACCAAUGGACAUUGAAACAAUAGAAGCCAGCGUCAUGAAGACCAACCACCUUGUGACUGUGGAAGGAGGCUGGCCACAGUUCGGAGUAGGAGCUGAAAUCUGUGCCAGGAUCAUGGAAGGCCCCGCGUUCAAUUUUCUGGAUGCUCCUGCUGUUCGUGUCACCGGUGCCGACGUCCCUAUGCCUUAUGCAAAGAUUCUAGAAGACAACUCUAUACCUCAGGUUAAAGACAUCAUAUUUGCAAUAAAGAAAACACUAAAUAUCUAAGUUUGGACUUGAAUUUCAAGUCAUUGGGAUUUACUUAAAAUACUUGCUGACACUUCAUCUGGAUUGUCCUGUAAGAACUUUUGAUUCAUAAAGUUAUCUCUGAAGCAACAACACAGAUGUUUUUGUACUGGGAAGAGGUUUAAAUGUGUUUGUGGAAAAACGCUCCACUCUCCUGCUUUUUUUGUCUGUUACAAUAGCCAUGUUCUUUGAAUAAGAUUAAUGUAAAAUUUUAUCCUCUCACUAGAAGGACAAGGUAUAAAUGUGGCAGGCUUCUGAUGAAAGAUGUAUCCAAAAAAGGUAACUUAUAUGUAAAAAUAAAAGCAUAUAAUGCACAUUUACUGUUAGAUUGUUCUGAUAAGGAAUGAAGGAGUUUCUCACUGUG